UUUGUCGUCAGCACAUUCAACUAUGUAAAGAAAAAAGUAUUUAAUAAGAAUAUUUCAUUCAUUCAGAUCUAGGAUGUGUUAUUUUAGUGUUCCCUUUAUUUUUUUGAGCAGUGUAUAUGCUUGUUCUAAUUCAUUGUUUGCAAAGAAUGUAAUUGUAAACCAAGACUUGAUAGCUUUAAAACAUGGUCUUUGCAUCCAUAGCUCAGUCUAUGAAUUUGAUAGUGGUUACAUUCCUACAGCCACCUAGCGGUUUCCCAAAACAAGUGACCGAAUGCCAAAUUGCUGCCCGUUUAAGGAGAAAAAGAGAGACUUUAAACUGAGUUACAGGUUUGAUUUUCUCAUGUCCUUAAAACACCUCAUAUCUUUAAUCUGUGUUGUGUUACAUCACUCAUCGUUCUUGGUAAUGUUCUCAAAAUGCUCCACUGAUAUCACCUGUUAAAGUUUCCAUGUAUUGGUUCACCAAGACCAGUUUGUAUAUAAACGACAGGGCCUGAGCCCAGUUGACUACAUCACUUCUUAUGAGGCAUUGUUUCAGAAUGAGGGGUUCUGUAGCUUUGCUGGUGAUGCUGUUCUGUCUGCCUGGGGGGCCGUGGGCUCAGGGAGAGAGUGAUAUCCCCUCAACAGGGUAACAGUGACGGGGGAGAGAGCAGGGAGAAUGAUGUUCAACAGUUGACCACCCAGCCUGACAUCUGGACUGAGCUGAAGGAGCUCAGAUACAUGGUGGUGGAACAGACAGUGGAGCUCAGAUACAUGGUGGUGGAACAGAGAGUGGAGCUGAGGUACAUGGGAAACAGACUGACAGCCAGUGAGAGCCAGGUGGAGACGCUGAAGAGACAGAACGCAGCUCUGGAGGCCAGACUGACAGCCAGUGAGAGGGAGGUGGAGGAGCUGGAGAGAGAAUGCAGAGUGGCCAAGGUGGCAUUCUCUGCUGCUUUAGCUAGAACAGUGGGACCCUUCAAUACUGAAACCACGUUGGUCUACUCCAAUGUCAUUACAAACAUCGGCCAAGCAUACAGCCCAAUUACAGGUGUCUUCACAGCACCAGUGAGAGGAGUCUACUACAUGAGAUUCACUGCACAGGAUAUGCGUAGUCCUGUUAACCUGGGCGUACUCUUGUUCAAGAAUGACCAGGGUAUUAUGAAGACAUAUCAGUGGAAUGGUCAAGGAGGCCAUGAGAAUGUAUCCAAUGGAGUGACUCUAGAGCUGGACAUCGGAGACUUGGUUUACUUGCGCCUACCCUAUAACUAUAGGCUCUUUGAGCAAGAUGGCAAUAAUUACAACAUAUUCAGUGGUUUCCUGCUCUUCCCUAUGUGAGGGGGAACACCACAAACACUGUAUUAAGCCAAAACUAUAUUUAGACAUGGGUACUCAGAGCCAAUUGUUCCUGAAUUAAAUAUACAUGAUCAUUUGUAUUAUUUAGUAUCACUGUUUAAUCUUAUUGAUGAACAUACCCAGGAUGUGAAUUGUAUGUCUGUAAUGGUACUGAUAAGGAUCCGUCCCCUUUUUUCGCCGAAAAUGACAUACCCAAAUCGAACUGCCUGUAGCUCAGGCCCUGAAGCAAGGAUAUGCAUAUUACUGGUACCAUAUGAAAGGAAACACUUCGACGUUUGUGGAAAUGUGAAAGGAAUGUAGGAGAAUAUAACACAAUAGAUCUGGUAAAAGAAAAUACAAAGACAACUGUUCUUUUGUAAAAAGAAAUUGUACCAUCAUCUUUGAAAUUCAAGAAAAGCCAUAAUGUAUUAUUCCAGCCCAAGUCCAAUUUUGAUUUUGGCCACUAGAUGGUAGCAGUGAACGUGCAAAGUUUCAGACUGCACCAAUUGCAUUUCUGUUCAAUUUCUUUUUUAAUAUUUUUUUUAUCAAGACUGCUCAAAUGUGCCUACUUUGUUGAUUAUUAACUUUAUAUUCAAAAUUGUGCACUCUCUUCAAAAGAAUAGCAUGGUAUUCUUUCACUAUAAUAGCUACUGUAAAUUGGACAGUGUAGUUAGAUUAACAAGAAUUUAAGCUUUCUGCCAAUAUCAGAAUGUCUAUGUCCUGGGAAAUGUUCUUGUUACUUACAACCUCAUGCUAAUCGCAUUAGCUAAUGUUAGCGCAACUGUCCUGUGGAUCCCGAAGAUGUUUUAAAGGUGGGGUUGGGAGGGGAUUUGAGGUUGUACUUUAAUGACAUGCAUGCAUACAUACAUACAUACAUACCAGUCCAUACAUACAUAGUCCUAUGUUCCUUAGGUCCCAACAGGAAAGUGUAGUCCCCAUAGAAGGAGAACAGCCAGAGUUGGCUUGAAACAGCCAACUUGGUUCCAGGGGAGUGAACUUACACCUGUGCUAUUAAACCUCCAGACAGUGGAGAUGCUUUCUCCGGAGAGAUACACUAUAGUAUAUACAGUGCAUUCAGAAAGUUUUCAGACCUCUUGACUUUUUCCACAUUUUGUUACAUUAUAGCCUUAUUCUUUUUUUUACAAUUCCCCUCAUAAAUCUACACACAA